GAGAACAAAUAAAGCGAGCGUGGGCCAUUGUGUUUUUGGAAUAUUAAAUUGUGUCUGUUGAUCUAUAGGAUUUAGUAAGCUUUAACAUUGCAACAUGUCUGGAGCAGUGAAUAUAUGGAUUUGCACGUUUGGUUUAAUCGCUAUUGGUGUAGCCGCCCAAGGCAGCAUCACAGUUGUCGUUGAGCCGACAGCUAAACCAAUCGUAGGCCAAGAUGUCAAAAUUCACUGUAGAAUCAAGGGUUUCACUCCUGGAGAUUUCAUCAAUUGGAAUAAGAAAAUGGACGAUGAUAAGAUCCAUAUCAUAGGAACAAAUAUUUUCAUUAACUACCCAUUCGCUGAUACUAAUCGCUACGCAGCCGCUGUUGCUGAUUCUCCCGAUGAGAAGGUCUAUACUCUCAGUAUUGCAAAUAUCCAGUUAGAAGAUGCAGGUCAGAUUGGCUGUGGAAUGCCCUCUAAGAGAGAACAAGCCUUCCAGACAGUAGUUGUAUCAUCUGACUCGACUGACCUGACCCUGACAGUCGGAGGUAGCACCCAGAGGGACACAGACAGCGUUAUGCUAGAGGAGGGCGCCCCAAUCGACAUAAUGUGUGAGGUGUCUGGAAGCAACCCUGCACCCAUGGUUCAGAUGUUUGUUGGUGACAUGGAGAUCACAAACGACAUGCCAACAAAUGAACCUAAAGAAGUUGUUGGAAUCGAUAAUGAUGGCCUUAAGAGUAUCAUGUAUUCACAUAAACUUGCCUACCCACAGUGGAAAGCCAGCACAGAAUCCAGUGGCUACAUCUUAAAAUGUGUUUCAAAGGUGGAAGGUUUUGAUGAGCAGACUGCCUCAAUUGAGCUGAAAAUGAUAUAUGCUGCCCAGCUAAACUGCCCCCCAUCCGUUUCAUUUCCUAUGUAUGAAAAGAACGCUGUAGUGACAUGCCAUGCUAAGGCCAACCCUGCAUUGACGAUGAUUGAAUGGUCAUGGGACAGAUUUGACGACAGGAACUCAACUGAGAAACUAGCCUGUGAUACCAACUCAUCUAAGCCAACAUCUGAAGGAAAAUACUUUUGUAGUCUAUCUAAAGAUGCUGAUACAACUGAAGUGAAAUUCCGCAUUGGAAUGAUUCAUCAACAACAUUUUCGUAACUACGAACUCUCCAUUUCUAACGGCCAAGGCUCAGAUUCUAAAAUGGUAGAAGUCAUUAGAGAUAAGACGCGUGAAUACCAGUUCCUAGCCAAGUUAUGGAUUGAACUUUCAUUCACUAAACAGCACAUACUGGCAAGCGGCAUGAAGAUGGACACUAAAUAUGCACUAGGAUCUCUGGUACUGAUAUGUGCAGUAGCCAUAGCAACUACACAGGAUAACAAACCAAAAGAGGGCCCCCCUCAGAUCAAUUGCCAACCCGCAAAGUUCCCCAACUACCAUAAGGAAGCCAACAUUACAUGUCAUGUGUACGCCUACCCAUUCUUGGAUGACAUGAUGUGGCAAUUCACCUCAAAGAGUGGACACCUGGAAAAUGUAACAAUGGAUAACCCUAAUGGAAAAUUCCGUCUGGAGCACAGAAUCCCAUCUUCACCAGGGGGUGUGUCCUACAAUCAGACCAUUGCCCUGGUCCGUGACGAAUGGCUCCAUGCAAAAGAUUUCCGCGACUACACACUGACAGUGUCUAAUAGUGAGGGUCAAGCCAAGGAGACAGUCACUUUAGAGAGAGAUCGUGAAAAUGAAAAACCAACAGGAUCUGCAGCAGUCCCAGUAAUGUCUCUAGCAACAAUCCUCUUCAGUUAUGCAUUAUCACAUCUAUAAUAUAUGUCAAUCUUAGGAAAAGUUAACAGUUAUGAUCUACCAGGAAAAUAAUGCAUGUCAACAUUAGGAAAACUCAAAAACAUUUAUCAUGGAUUUAAGAUACCAACCAUACAGCUGACUCAGCACAAACGCGAUAUAAAUUUUGACAGGGCUUCAGGUCUUGUAUUGGGAAACAUUGGGGGAAUAAUAUCUAUAAAAUACAUUUACACUUAGUUCCACCAUAGACCUACUAGUAUAUCUCAAGUUCUACCUUAUUGUAGCAUAGAAUUUCUGUACCAAGGUAAGCUCAAUAAUAUUUUGAAUAAAAGGCAUUAACA